AACGUUUCCUUUUCCCUUUUUCUUUUUCCCCUUUUCUUCUAAAAAUGCGACAAAGGGAAUUUCCCCUUCCUAAAAAAGACAUACCUGCGAAACAAGCGCUGCACUGGCCAACACUCAAUCUGGCUCUCCCUCAACUCCGGGUCGCGCACCUGGCAGUCAUACUGCAACAGACCAAAGAGCUCGCAAUCCCGAAGUAGAUCGAUUCGUCGUCGACCACCGUCUUCCGUCUUGCGAACACGCUGAUCGGGGCCGACUUGUAUGUGGGUGGGCAAAGCCUUUGCUUUGAAGCUUUGACACGGCGGCGUCAUUUUGUCUGUUUGUCUGUGGUGUCGUGGAAGGAGGGGUACUACUUGAGGUUUGGACGAUGCGACGCGACUCGGAAAACAGUUCUUGAGGAAGAGAAACCCGCGAAUCCGCGAUGCAGAGGGCUGCUGUCGCUUCGGUCGUUGGGGCGCGGAUGUUGAACGAGAUUGAGGAGGGGAGUCUUGAAGAGCUUCUAACAUCGCUUCGCACAAACUUCACAACCCUCGCCAACUCCGACUUCAAUGACCAUGCUGCCACCCAUGAUGACGCCGACACCGACCACACCUCCUCCCAAAAGCUGGUGAUCGCGCCCACAACCACAACCACCAAACCAGAACCGCGACACUUCCCAAUCCCCUUCCUCAACGAGCUAGUCCAGCGCCAUUUCCGCGCCACAUCAACCGCCACCCUCUCCAUCUCCGGCCGCCAUUAUGAACUGCUCUACCUCUUAGUCGCGACCUUGAUCGCCCCUCCGCACCGCAAGACAGUCGCUAUCCUUGACCUUGACGGUCGAUUUGAUCCGUUGCGACUACUUGCGACGACCACUCCGUUCUGCUCUCCCCCUACUGGUACCCCUAGUACCCAUCACCUCGACCCGUCCGACCUAGACCACGUCCACAUCCUCCGUCCUCCUCCUCCUCCUUGCCGCUCCAAUAAUGCUUCUGUUCCCCCUCUGCAUACGUACCUAGUCGGGAUGGAGGAGUACAUGCUCUACGCCCCGCAUAAAAGUCGGGAACGUGAAUGGUGGGGCACUAUAGUCAUUGGAGGCAGCACUGGCAACACCACUACUGCUAGUACUACCAGUAGUAACAACCACCCCGCGGCAGCCCAGGUCGCGGUAACAGCAGGCCGGCAGGGCUGGUUGCGCGUGGAUAGGGCCGAGGUGACGACGACAGGGGCAGGAGCUAGUUGGACCUUAUGGAACAAGAGUGCGGAAGAGGCGAGGGCGGAGAGAGAGGAGAGGGAGAGGGCGGUGGAAGAGGGCGGGUGGGUUGCUAGUUCGGCUUGGGGGACUUUUGUGUUUGGGUCGGGGAGUGGUUCAAUUGGCUGACGUGGUGCGGUGCGUGGGAGGACAAGAGGAUGGAUGACUCGAUGACAGACUUGCUUAAACGGUGAGGUCGCCAGACCGGCAGCGGUUGUUUUGAUUCCACCCGAGUCUUGUCUUCUUUUCCUUCCUUCCUUCAUAAUGGAAGCAACCAUGCCGCCGCACCUCGAACUGGCGAGGACAUCUCGGCCUCCCUCGAACGGAUGUGCAUAAGAGUGGCUUUUCUACCACGCCGCUUUGCUACCUGCUUGACAGGCAAGCUAGGUCAAGGUAACAAUGUCCCCAGCCAAGACUUAUCCAAAUCCUUUAUUCACUGCAACGCGAUGAAUUGGUGGACGGGUUGUAGAACAGAUGAUAUCCGGAAGACAGUCUCAGCAAGUUAUUUGGGGUCCAGUCGACUGGUCCAUUACCUGGAUACGUACACUAGAAGUUGUGGCGGAGUUGCCCAAACUACUGGCGAUGGAUGAUGGUGUUGGCUUGUCGGGACACUUUUCAGAAGUAUCCCAGCUGCAUUUUACAUCUUGUCUACAUAUCAGAUUCACACUGGUUCAGCUUUCAGCCAAGCAGGACCCUGUGGCGUUGAUAACUGCAUUGGCAGGGUGAGUGAGCCUCCAAUAUCAAGAGCAGUGACCGCCUCUGGGUGCGCGUGGUAUCAAAGGCUCCGAGUCGUGCAGCCGGCGCCGAGACCGAAGUGUGACUGACGGACUUGACGGACGGGAACCGGAUGGGAUUGGAUGGCGGGUGUGGCCGGUCACGGACAUGCCGUCCCAAGGCGACCAAGAUCAUCGGCCGGGUGUGACUGCUCUCCGAUGUCUUUGGUCCGGCGAAGCGGGUCCCUGUGUUUGAUAUGCUCUGUCUGUUUCUUUC